UGUGCGUGUGUGUGUGCUUGUGCGUGCGUGUUUAUAUGCGAGUGUCAGAGCCACCGAUCGCACUGGGCGGCUGACUUCCAGGAACCCCUGCAGCAAAAACAGGCACUGUGUGUUUCCUGCUCUCACACACCAUUAUCACAGGACACACACACACACACACACACACACAUACACAGAUCUUUGCCCUAUUCUUUUUUUCCCCGUUGCAGGUUUCCUCAACGCCUAUCCUUGUGCCUCCGGCUGUCAAGAUGUUUCGCUGCGAUUGUCAGGAGACUUGCUCUCUGGGAGCGAAGCAGAGGACACAAAUAGGACACUCAGGAGCAGGCUGCUGGCCUCUCCUCCUCCUCCUCCUCCUCCUCUUCCUCCUCAGCAGCUCUCCAGUCCCGCCCCUCGCCACCUGGCUCUGCUGCGCACCGCCGACUGGAGGCAGAGCGUCGCUACUCCUCUUCCCCACGCUGAGGGAGACGCAGAAUACAACAAACCCGAGCGCUGAGACCGAGGGUUCGUUUCUCAUCCUCCUCCCCCGUCCCCUCCAAAAAAAAAACAAAACAAAAACAAAAACAGCUAUUUUCGGUUGGAAUUCCGACACAGACGCUUAUGGGAAUUUGAAAAGAAAGUGGGAAGAAAACAAGAAGAAGAAGAAAAAAAAACGCAAAGAAAGCAGACGGCUUGUCUUCAGCAUCUUCCCUUCGCAUCUCCUCCUCACCUCUCCAAAAGACUCCCGGCUCUCCAACCCUGAAUAUAUCUCUCCAGUGGUCGUUUUUUUUUUUUUUUUUUUUUUUUUUUUUUCGCCCCCCCUUUUUCCGGAAGCGCCUUUUUUUUGUUGUUGUUGUUUUCUGUCUGUUUGAGGGAGUCCCAACUCCGUUUCUGACCCCGCUGGAAGGAAUCCGAAGGAGACCCCGAGAGCUGGCCGGACGUUGUAGUUUUCGUCUCCCCGACGCAGGCGGCGGAUCACCGCGUGAAAAAGACUGGAAAUUAUUAAUCCCGCACACACCGCCGUACCGCAUGGUGGGAAUUUCUGCCUCCUUUCAGUAUCGCACUGGGAAGCGUUCCACCAUGCCCGACUCACCUGCGGAUGUCAAGACGCAGUCCAGGUUGACGCCACCUACCAUGCCGCCUCCGCCCAGUACGCAAGGGGCUCCCCGCAACAGCUCCUACACACCCACCACAUUGACAAAUGGCAGUAGCCACUCCCCGACGGCCCUCAACGGCGCGCCAUCCCCUCCGAACGGCUACAGCAACGGCCCCAGCUCGUCCUCCUCGUCUUCGCUGGCCAACCAGCAGCUGCCGCCGGCCUGCGGUGCCCGGCAGCUCAGCAAGCUCAAGCGAUUCCUCACCACUCUGCAACAGUUCGGGAACGACAUCUCGCCCGAAAUCGGCGAGCGAGUCCGCACGCUGGUGCUGGGACUAGUGAAUUCCACGCUAACCAUCGAGGAAUUCCACUCCAAGCUCCAAGAAGCCACCAACUUCCCCCUACGACCUUUUGUCGUUCCCUUCCUGAAGGCCAACCUGCCGUUGCUUCAGCGGGAGCUUCUACACUGCGCCAGGCUCGCCAAGCAGAACCCAGCCCAGUAUCUGGCUCAACACGAGCAGCUACUCCUAGACACCAGCACCACGUCCCCAGUGGACUCCUCCGAGCUCCUGCUCGACGUCAACGAGAACGGCAAGAGAAGGACGCCAGACAGAACCAAAGAGAACGGCUUCGAGCGAGACGGCGCCAUCCACCCAGACGUCCACCCGAGCAAACGGCCCUGCACCAUGAGCCCCGCCCAGCGUUUCAGUCCGUCCAACGGACUCUCCUACCAACCCAACGGGCUGCCCCACCCGGGACCCCUUCCUCCGCAGCACUACAGGCUAGACGACAUGGCCAUCGCCCAUCAUUACCGUGACACGUACAGACACGCAGCCUCCAAUCACAGAGAAAUCCGAGAGCGAGCCAGGCCUAUUGGUAUGCAUGCAGGGAGCAGGCAGGAAGAGGUGAUCGACCACAGACUGACAGACAGAGAAUGGGCUGAGGAGUGGAAGCACCUUGACCAUGUAAGAAAACUGCUGAACUGCAUCAUGGACAUGGUGGAGAAAACGAGGCGCUCGCUGACGGUGCUGCGGAGGUGCCAGGAGGCCGACCGCGAGGAGCUCAACUAUUGGAUUAGGCGUUACAGCGACGCCGAGGAGCUGAAGAAGGGGGCGUCCAGCGGGCAGUCGAGGCAGCAGAGCCCUGCAGCACAGGAAAAUGCAACGUCAGAAAUUCACAGGGAGCUUCUGCACCGGCCCGUGUCUGGUUAUGUCCCAGAAGAGAUCUGGAAAAAGGCUGAAGAGGCGGUGAACGAGGUCAAGCGACAGGCCAUGUCUGAGCUGCAGAAGGCCGUGUCGGAGGCCGAGCGAAAGGCUCACGAGAUGAUCAGCAGCGAGCGGGCGAAGAUGGAGCGCACGGUAGCUGAGGCCAAACGUCAGGCGGCCGAGGACGCGCUCUCCAUCAUCAACCAGCAGGAGGACUCCAGCGAGAGCUGCUGGAACUGUGGUCGUAAGGCCAGCGAGACGUGCAGCGGCUGCAACACGGCGCGUUACUGCGGCUCCUUCUGCCAGCACAAGGACUGGGAGAAGCACCACCAUGUCUGCGGUCAGACCCUCCAGGCCCAGCAGCAGCAGCAGCAGCAGUCCAGCCAGCAGCAAGGAGGAGCUCCGGGCUCAGAGACUCCCGCUCCCAUCAGCUCGUCAGCCUGCACUCCGAGCAGCGGCACCGGAAGUCCGGCUGUGACCCCGCCUGCCGCCACCCCGCGCUCGUCCACCCCCAGCACCCCGUCCUCCUCCGCCCUCGACGGCACGCCUCGCUAGGAAAGCUUCCCGUGUUCUUCAGUCGGUUCCUAAAACCCACAAACAGCAUGACUUGUCCUCAUCUUGACAUUGCCUUGCAAAGAUUCCGAGAAAACGCGGCUCGCGGACACGGACGGCGGCGCUUCUGUCUGACUUGCAACGUGGUUGAAGGAGGAGGAAGACGAGGUCCAUAAUCAGGUCAUAUUGACUUGCCAUGACUUUAAGGAAACACAAAGAUAUUCUUUGUUUUGAAUGAAUGAAUUUAAAAUUAACAUCCUUUUAUCGCUACACUUCUUUACUCUUGUUGUUUGUCGUUGUACCUGUCGUUGUCAAUGUCGUCAUUGUAGCUCGUCUUACUUUCCCUUGUAAAUAUGAAAAGACUGGUAGGAGGAACUCGAGGCCUCCCCUUUACAAAGGUUUUAUUUUUAAUGCUUCAGUUAAGCUUUAUUUCCUCUUGGUUCCAGACCUUACACCUAAGUUAACUUUACAUACAGAGCAGAUUGACCGAAGUGGUCAAUGCUCACUGCAAAUGAAGAGAUUAGAUUUUAAUACAGGCUGAUGAAUAAAUAAGGGAUGGACUGAACCUCUGGCUUGCAGACCCAGCCGCCAAGAAAUGGGCAGAUGUGCAGCAGAUUGCAAGUCGAGCCAGCUGUUCAGGCGGCAUUAUUUCCCUCUCACUUGUCGUAAUAUCCAGGUCAGUGGGCUGUGAAAUCCGAAUCCGAGUCCCCCCGAAGGACGCAAAAGGAAGACUUCUUGGACAGAAUGCAAAAACUUUGCCCACAGCGCGCGCGCGCACACACUCACACAGGACGCACGGCGAAACGCCGCGCGUGCACGCACGCCCGGUUACAAAAGCUCUUUAACAACCAGAAAAUGAGGUUAUCAUCUCACCUGCGAGACUGUCAGACAUCUUCGAUGGCAGCCGCUGGGCGGCUCAGACCUGGAAACCCAACAGUGCGCAGACACGCUCCUCCUCUCUCAACUUUUCUCCAUGCUUUUUAUUCAUUUCCUGUAGAUGUCACGCUGUUAAGCUUCCCGUCCUGGACACGUCACUAAUGGUUAUUUAUUGAAUAUGUGUUGGACACUUGUGACAAUGCAUAGUACCUGGGGAAAAAAAAGUCACAGUUCAAACACGUCAUAAUUCCAUCUCUAGCUAGAGCAAAAAGAGAUAAAAAAAAGAGAAGUGUUACCUUUUUUAAGCUGCUUUUCUAUUCUGUGUGUAGAUGGUAGACUCUUUGUAGCUUCAUUAAUUUUUUUCCCCCUCACCCCAAGAAAAGACACAAUAUUAUAUCUCAGAGCUGCUACUUAAUUUUGACCCAGAUCUUGUCUGAGAACUAGCAUGUUGCGUGGAAUGCUAAGCUAAAUGUUUUGUACAAGGGACAUACAAUGCUUGGAAAAUGUAUUUGCCCCUUUCAGAUUUCUUCAAUGUUUUAGUUUUUGUUUUUUUUUGUUACACCUAAAUGUUAAGAUCAGAAUGGAUUGCUUUUUGAGAUUUUUUAGCCUACUUCAUGUUGUCAGACAGGUGCUAUUUAAGUGAUUCCCUGUCUGGCAGAAAUCAUCCCUGGCUAAAGAGAUUGAAUUCAGAUUUUUAAAAAAUUGAAUUUUUGUAUUUACUCAGGAUAUCAUUGUCUGAUCGUGAUCUAAAAUAUUUAGGAAACAAAAAAGCAAAAACAGGAGAAAUCUGUCAUAGGACAAGCACCUUUUCACGGCACUGUACAUAUAUGUAUUUGCACUGUCAUGGAAAUUAUUUUGGCAUGCUUCUUUUCGACAUGUUGGAGCCAUAAUUCCUCAGAAAUUUUGUAAUCUGUAUCAGCAUUGUCACUCUUUUUAUAUUAUGUUGAAUUGAUGCAGUUUUAACACAUAAACACAUCAAAUUCAUUUUUUUCCCUAUUUAACAUUCUAAGAAUAGCACCCAAAAUGUUUUUAUUUAAAUAGCUACACGCUGUGCAUGUACAUUACUGAAGAUUUGUUAAAUAUUUGUUUUUUAGAAAAAAUGCAAAACAACCCAAAAAAAGACAAAAUACACAAAAAAAGUACUCUAACAAAGUGAUUUUCCAAAUGCAGAGGUGUAGACUUCGAUUGACAGCUUUAACACUGCAAAGCACCAGGUCUCUCACACACACACACACAUGCACACACAUACACACACACACACACAGUAUUACUA